GAACCUGAUGACAGAGUUCUAAUUGAUCUUUUACUUUUUUGAUUUUCUUUUCUUAUAUACGAAAAGAAAUGUAAUGUAAUGUAAUGGUGGUGUCCACGACAUAGAAGUAGAAGGCAGUCCGGUUAACGUGGAGAUAGUUGAGUGCGGCAACCACCUUAAGCAGGCAGGGACAAUCACGUGAAAGCAAACGUGCUACUCACCAUAAACUUACUUGGUGCUACUAAACCGCGUUAUUCUGGUGUAGAGUAAUCCUAAUCCUACUACCCAUCGUUUCAUAUGGAAACGUCUUAAAAAACCAGUAUCUGCCAGGUCAUGCAGGAAUUUCCAUGGGAAUUUCUAUGGAAUGAAUUGAUUAGGAUUUUCAUUUUGUUGCUGUUGGUGACAACAACAAUAAAAUAAAAUAAAAACAAGAAGGAUCUUUCCACCAAGAACACAGGCAGAAACAGUUAUCAUCAUCAAACUUUUUUUUUUUUUUUUUUGAUUUGGUAAUCAUAGAAUAGAAUAGAAUAUAAUAGAAUGGCUCCAUCAACAAAGAAGAAAAAAGCAGCAAUAAAAAGAAGAAAAAAAAGGGCUUUAGCAGCUAAUAUCCAGCCUUCUUCUCCAACUAACUCUCAACAGCAAGAAGAAGAAGAAGGAGAUGAUGAUUUGAAAACCCAUGAUGAGAAACAAACAACAAAUGGUCAUAUAAAAAUUGAAACAUCUAGAAAUCAAAGUCAUUAUAUUGAGACAGAAAAAGAUAACAAACCCAACUUUGAAGGAUCUUUUGAUAGUGUAAAAAUAUCAAACGAAGAAGAGAUGGCUGGUGAUAAAGAAAUUGGAGACUCUGAAAGUGGAAAGGUCCAUAUUGAGUUUCCAAAGGAAUCUGGCAAAGGAGGUUCCUCCUCUAGUUCCUCGUCCGAUAGUAGUUCUGAUGAUGAAUCAGAUGUAGUUAAGAAAAUCCGAUCAUCCAAGAAGAAAGUAUUAGAAGAGUUCAAGGAUGGGAUGGCCGGGAUUACCAAUGCGUUUUCUGGAAUUCUUCCGUCUGAGGAUUCCGUAGAAAAGAUUGUUUCUUCCGUCGAAGAGAAAAUUGAAGGUGCCAGUUCCAUAUCCGUGCCUUCCAAUGAAACUGAAGACAAGACUUUGCCGGCGUCCGUUGCACCCAGUGUUGACACUAGUUAUGGUGGUGGUGACAGCUCUAAAGUGCCCGAGACUCCUGAUAGCCCAGAAAAAGAGGAACUUUUGCCAAUUGUUCCAACAAUUGUGCAGCCAGCUUCGUGGAAGAGUUGCUGUGGAUUAUUUGAUGUUCUAACAGGCUCUAACAGAUGAUGACUACAAGAAAAAUGCAUCUUGACUCAUACUGGAGAUCUGAAACCAAACUGAUUAGCAGAUGAAGCUUAUAUGUGAACGUGUGGCUGUUUGGCGUGUUUGUAGUUUGAGCCUACAGAGGUACCAGACUUGCAGUACUGUGAAGGAGGACAUUUGAGUUUGUUGAUUAGGAUUUUUUCCUGAAGAAUAUCGGGCAAAAGGACUGACAACGCAAGGACUGUGGUUGACGAUAAUGACGCAGUUGAGUAAAAUGUCUAUUCUUGGUAGUUGUCAUGAUAGUCAGUGAUUCAGCAUAACAGCAAUUGAUUUGUUUGUGUCUUUCUUUUUUCAGAGUAAUUUGUAAUCUUGUUUUGCCUGAUAUCCGUAUAUACUCCUAUAUCAAUGUAUUGCCCGUCGUGUUCUCGGGAGAGAAAUUUUGAUUUUCUUUUA